AUGAGGACCUGUGGAAAAAUGAGGACAUUUUUCGCGUCCUCAUAUUUCCACGCAGUCUACACUACUCUAGAGCUCACGAGGAUACUCCCACACCAAAAAUAAGUGAUGUCCUGAAAGAGCACAAUUUUCAGAAAUUGUGUGUUUAAGUGUGUUUAACUUUCGACUCACUUUUCAUUUGGAAAACUAGUGGCCAACUUCGGUACUUAACACACUUUUAACACACUUUCAGUGACGUCAUUGUGCAGGACCUCAAAUGUCAUCUUUUUCGGACUGACUCACACAUUUUCCCCGCCCUCGUCCUGAUAAGUCACAUCAAUUAGCAGUGACACAAAAUCCAACAUGUGAAGCAGCCAGACAAUCCUACUCUCAAACACGACCACGCAUGGAUGACCAUCGGGUAAGCAAUUCCUUUUCGUUUAUCUUACCGUAACAUAGAAGUUGUUUAAUAUAACCGUGUUUAACAGUGCCCACCAAAGGUAAUAUCAUUCAAUAAGACAGCUAGCUAGCUAGCUAGCUCGAUCGUUAGCAUGCUAAUAAGCUUCCAGUAAAAGUAAUGUGGACAUGUCCUGCAGGCAAGGUUCUGGAAAACUUUUCUAAAUAUUUAACAACACAGUCUGUGGAACUUGGUUUUGGUGCCAUAUGUUUAUUUCAGUGCAGUAUUUGUUUUAUUCGAUUGCAGUUAAUUUAAAUUAGUUAGUACAGGUAGCCUAAUGAAAGUGGGCCAGGCACUUCUAGCAUUUACGCUAAGCCCGGUGUAUUUACACUGUUUAUUCUUGUGCUGAUUCAAUUGUACACCGUUUCAAUGAAAAAACAAACAAACGUUUGCAAUGAAAUUAUAGCAGAAUUCAGCUUUGUUGGUACAUUUGGUCAAGACAAUAUUGUGUUACUCUAUUUUAAUUUUACAUUGUUAUCUGCCUGACAAAUGGUUUGCCCGAAUCUAUUAGUCUGACCAGCAAAUGUUUGAUGAAUUGAAUUUUUGUAUUUUUGAGGAAGAAAAUAAUAUUCCUUUGGCUCAGUACUUUCUGAGCCAAAAUAAGUGCUGCCAUAAUAUUGUGCUUGCUUGUCUGGCUGACUUCUUCUCACUUUCCAUUGUAGAUGUUUACUGGUGGUGAUAAUCUCACAAAGAAGAACCAGACUGAGCCCUGAAUCUGAGGCUGCUCCUUUUAUCUGGAGUCAACAAGCCUUGUGGAUCAAUGAUUAUAAAGACACCAAGUGAAAGGUACCUGAUUGAACCCUCUGGAGACCAAGAAUGGAGUGAGAGAUCCACUUCAUCCUUACAACAGACACCAAGUGAAAGGUACCUGACUGAACCCUCUGGAGACCAAGAAUGGAGUGAGAGAUCCACUUCAUCCUUACAACAGACAUCAAGUGACAGGUACCUGACUGAACCCUCUGGAAACCAAGAAUGGAGUGAGAGAUCCACUUCAUCCUUACAACAGACACCAAGUGACCUGACUGAACCCUCUGGAGACCAUGAAUGGAAUGAGAGAUAAAUUCUCAAAAUUCUCAAAUUUUCAAAAUUCUCAUUAUUUCCUGGAAUAUCUUAUUUUGAUUAUUUUAUUUUUCCAUUUUUAAUAAAUAAUGCCUUCUUUUACAGGUGGGAAUAAGAGACGCACGUGGACAGAUGAUGAAGUGAAGGCUGUUGAGCGACAUAUGUUUGAUUUCAUAACAAGCCAUAAAGUUUCAGGUAAAACGAGCUGGGAGUCCUGUCUCCACGCAGAGCCAGCAGCUCUGAAAGACAGAGGCUGGGUGUCCAUCAAAAACUACAUCCACAACAGGAUAUAACUGCAUUAAAAAGGGAAAUGAAUGGCUAGUCCAUUUAAAUGCGAGCACGUCUGGGUACAUUUCAGUUCAAGUUAACUAAAGCAAUAGCAAUGGUGCAUUUAGGGUGGGAUGGUCAAUUAUGGAUUUCAUAUUUGUUGUUUAAUACUGUGUUUCACGUUUGUUGUUUCAUGAUCUUCAAGAGCAAUUUGGAAAAUCCUUGAAGAUGUAUGAACAUGUAAAUUAUACUGUAUAUCAGGCAUGUCCCGAUCUGGGCCUGGAGGGCCACUGUCGUGCCUGUUUUCCAGCUCUCCCGGCUGCAUCACACCUGUUUCAGAUGAUCAGUUCAUCAGUCAGCUCUGAUGCAGCACUAGAACAUCCUGGGAGAGCUGGAAAACAAAAAGACAGCGGCCCUUGAGGACCGACCUUGGACACCCCUGCUGUAUAUAAACGUACGUACGAUAUACAAACUUCUCACAAAAGAUAGGCUUAUUAGGUUUGAGGUGAUA